CCUUUUCAGUCCUCGCGCUGCUUGAACAUGCUCCGGUUGUUUAGUAAAGUUAAAUGUUCAUCCUGUUUUUUAUUCCCAUGUCUCCUGUUACAGUGGAUGUAAAUUCGGGCUGUGUGAGCUGCACUAACGUCCAUGAGCAAAGUUUUAUCCAACAUCCCAUUCUAGUGAGAGAAACCAAAGGUGGAUUUAAAGAGAAACCUAAAAGUUGUAUCUGGACAAAGAUCACCUGAUUCCAGCAAACAUGGAUGGAAGACCCACCUGUGACCAGUGUGGAAAGACUUUCGGCAGAGCAAGUAACCUAAGACAACACCAACGCAUCCACUCUGGAGAAAAACCAUAUGGGUGUGACCAGUGUGGAAAUGCUUUCACCACAGGAAGUCACCUAAAAAAACAUCAACGCAUCCACACUGGAGAAAAACCAUAUUACUGUGACCUGUGUGGAAAGACUUUCACCAGAACAAGUCACCUAAAAAAACACCAACACAUCCACACUGGAGAAAAACCAUAUUACUGUGACAAGUGUGGGAAUGCUUUUGCCACAGCAAGUUACCUAAAACAACACCAACACGUCCACACUGGAGAAAGACCAUAUAAAUGUGACCAGUGUGGAAAUGCUUUCACCAGAGCAAGUGACCUAAAAAUCCACCAGCGCCUCCACACUGGAGAAAAACCAUAUGCCUGUGGCCAAUGCGGAAAGAGUUUCAUCCAAAUGAAUGGGCUUAAAUAUCACCAACACAUCCACACUGGAGUAAAACCAUAUAACUGUGACCAGUGUGGGAAGUCUUUCACCAACAGUAAUUCCCUAAAAAUCCAC